CCGCCGCCGCGAGGUUCUUAGUCAGCGCCGCGCCCGGCCGGCCAGCAGUAGUGCCAGCAGCGCCAUCCUUGUGGUCGGAACGAGCGCCAUGCCGGGGGCGCUGCGGGAGGAGACGUCGCGGCUGCUGGCCGACUACCUGCAGCACCGCCUGGGCGCCACGCCGCUGCCUCCGCCUCCGAGCCGCGCGGCGGAGACCCUGCGGCGGGUGGGCGCCGAGCUGGAGAGCCGGGAGCGGGCCUUCUUCCGCAGCGCAGCCCUGCCGGAGCCCGGCCAGGCGGCAGCCUUGGUCUCGCGGGUGGCGGCCCAGAUGGAGGCCGAGGGCGGGCUGAACUGGGGCCGCGUGGUCGCCCUGGUCGCCUUCGCCGGGAGCCUGGCCGCCGCCUUGGCCGAAGAGAGGGGUGCCCCCGGCCGGGAGGAGAGCGAGGAAGUGGCCGAGGCACUGGCCGCCUACUUGGCCGGAGAGAAGAGGGCCUGGAUGGAGGAGCACGGAGGAUGGGAUGGUUUCUAUCACUUCUUCAAUAAACAUGGCUCCGAUCCAGCUGACCAGAACAGUACCAUAAGCAAUGCCAUAAUGGCGGCAGCGGCAGGAUUUGGCCUGGCAGGUUUGGCCUUCCUCUUGGCUGUGCGAUAAGACUGCACCCACGGACUUGGACCAAAGGGGCGGGCGGGCGGGCACUCUCUUCUGAAACUGCCAACAUGCUAGUGAAGAGUCCAUUCUAUAUUUCUAUGAUGGCUGAAAACAGAAGCAUAUUAUAUAUACAUAUAUAUUUUUAACUAGAGUUGGAUCAGAACCUUUUGACAAGCACAUUACAUCCGGGCAGUACAAAUGGGGAAAAACAACAACUCGCAAAAUGCCGCUUAAUACGAAUGCUCAGAUUGGACAUCUUCUGGAUCUUGGUAUGAGAGCUGUGACUGUCGCAGGUCAUUCUGGGAAACUGCUGAUUGCUGGAUGUUAAUGCUAUAUGUUAGUGGUGGGCUUGCCAUGGAACCCAAGUGAAGAUGUGUGUGGAUUUCUUCUUAGUGUGUAUGAGUGUAUGUGGCGCAGUGGGGGGGGUGUCUAGAGGGGCAGGGGGGGAGUUGUUGCCUUGUGAUAUGUGAGCCAGUAUUAACAAGAAUGAAGAGCUUAACUCCACCUGUGCCCAAAUGCAAAUGAAGUCUUGUGGCCGCUCAUUGAUGUAUAGCUGCAAGGUCCGUAUUGCACAGAGCAUUAUAGCUUACAUGUUUUUGUUAUAAUGACAUUAGUAGAAAUUACACUACAACUAGGGGUGAGGAGAAUGUUGAUACCAAAACAGUAGAGGCUGCAGAACCAGUUCUUUAACUGAAGUGACUUUUAACGGUUGAAAACCCUUUUGGAAAAGAAGAGAAGAAUAAAUUGGUAUAUUUGGAAGUCCAUUGAAGGCUGGGAUUUCUGUGGAUUUCCUGUCAAAUCCAGAAACUCCAUAUAACUUAAUAUAUUUUUGAAGUAUUUAUCAUUGUAUAAUACUGGGUAGCUGGUUAACAUCUAUUUUUGUUAAAUUCCAUUUUUUAAAAACAAAACAAAACAGGCUCUCAAACUGCUUUCUUGGCUGUAUCUGUCUUAACCUAACAGUUCUAGUUUUGGUAUCUGCUAUAUUGUGUAUUGUAAAAAUUAGUCUUCAGAUGUGUUCAAUGUCAUUUCCUUUAGCUUGUACAAUUUUAAUAUGUGAAUAAACAUAACUGAAUAUUUUUAUUUUAAAUUA